AUGACUCUAAAAAAAGGGCCCAGAGACCAAACCGUGCGGCCGCGGACGCUCACCUUGGGUCGAGCUAUGCGUCCGGAUCACCAAAACAACAGACCCAAGGCCAAGGUCAGUGUCAGAAUGGGUAAAACUGGGGAGCGCACAGGCCGUAAGGCUGCUGCUGAGCUUGAGCUGCGACCCCCGACUAUGCUCGGCUCGACAGCGAAAUUGGGUGUGAACUGGCUUGUGGUGUUGAGAGCGCCGUCAGAAGGAGGGCCCGUUAUGGAGACGUCAGACCCCGGACCCUGGCCCCAGAUGCUGACUGAAGCCGACCGUCAGUGGGAGACCGUUCGUGGGCAGCCCUGGCGUCGACAAAUGCUUCAUGGAUGGUGCUGUGAGAGUUUGGAAGACGGGCACAAGAUUCGCGAGAAGGAAAAGGUAUUAUACGGCAAACAAUACUGUUGA